AUGCCAUCUCGACAAGUCAAGUUCCCCACCUUGCAGGAUCUCCUAGAAAUCGACGAAGCAUUGCAAGACAUCAAAACCGCCGAUGCCAUUCUGCAAAACCUCCAGAAUCAAGAAGUUCCUAUCGCCCAAGACGAUCAUCAAGCUUCGGCCAUGGAAGCCAUAGUCAACGCCCUCGUCGCGAUCGUCGCCCUCUUCCUCACUCUUUUUGGCUUUCGCGUCAACAAGGCUCCAGCCGAGGAGGAUACGAAAUCAGCUAAGGCUGUGAAGAAGGUUUCGCUUGAGCGAAAGAAGGCUGAGAAGAUGAUUAAGCGUACAGAGGCGUACAUGCAUGCUCUUGAUCGACUAGUUGAGGCUCAGCAACUUUAUUCAGGGGAUAACUGGACUGGGAGUUGGGAGAUGGUUCAGAGGUGA